CUUUCACGUAUUGCGUCGCAGUUAACAAGCAGCGACGAUUCCUUGUUUAAAAUUUUGUAAUAAGUUGAAGAACAAGAUGAAGAUGACAUGGCUCCUCGCCUCAUGUAUGCUGUGUUUGCUCGUCUCUCGUUUGACUAAAGGUGAGCAGUUUGUGUUUCAACCAAACGUGCCUCUUGUUCAUAGUUGUGCAGUUUCGUUGUGUUCCCGUACGGCCACAAGCAUGUAAGAGCAUAGAGGCCAUAUUAAGUUUGUGGUAAUGUCUUUGUAGAUAAAUACAGCUGAAUUUUAUCAGGAGUCUUCAAAUCCGGGGUACGCAAAACGCUUUUAAAAUAGAUUCCUCAACCGGCGUAAUAUGCUUUGCCUGAGUUUUCCUUAUCAGUGUAUCAGCGAUUUAGGACAUUUAAGACUUAUUUUGAGUUUUUAUCAUUCGGCAAGUGAAGUACUAUGAUUAUUAAACUCAGGUAGUAUUUCACUUCCAAAAGUUACCAAAUAAAGAAGUUAUUACCGAGGGUAAAGGCAAGCGUUGCUUGUUGUGACCUAGCCUUUCGACCGGAAGUCUCACAAGGAUUUUUCUCGAACUUUGCCAACAAAUACAAACGGCAUACACCCCGGGGCAUACACUCUCAUUAUAUUAAUUUAUACUCCACUUUGACGUUCUUCUACGAUAAUGGCAGGAAUAAAAAAUCAUGCAACUUAAUAACAUUCUUUUUUUUUUUUCAAAAACAGUAACAACAAACUGUAAUUUUCGACCUCUUCACAAGUUGUCGCUCGUGAAUCUUGGCCGUAUCAAAAGAUUUAAGAGGCUUUCUUUCUCCCCACAAUCAGAUUAAUCAACCCGUAGGGUAAAGAGAGGAUAUCGGAGCUUAUUCGAGGUGGGCGCUCGUUCGAGGCUAGGAGGUUAUUAAAUUUUCAUCAUUUUCAGUAAGACGUAAUUUAAUUUUCCACCAAAACAGUUAUUAAAACCAAACGUGAAGAUGUGCCAGAGAAGAAUUAUAACUGUUCAUUAAAAAGUUUAUUUAAGAAAAGACUAAGAAUUCGGUCUUCGGGAAAGUCUCUCAAGAGCAGUACCUAGUCAAUUUGUAUCUCAACGCCAGAAAGGUCAGUAUGCGAUCAACUCUCUGGUGUUGCCUCGUGGAGGUCUCACAGCGUAACGUCCGGCAAAUGGGUCGGGUCAGUCGACGAGAACGAAAUUGGCAGUAUCGAAAUAAUAACCAGUCUCCCCUCCCCUCGUUUUCCCGCGUACAAUACAAAAAGGUUUAUGAGUUUCUCGCAAAUGGGUUUUUCAGAACUUAGAUUUACAAUACAAAUAUGGAUAGAAAUUUUGUUACAAAUUACAUGUAGAACGAAGGAAAUAAAAAAGGGGUAUGUAUACGUUUAUUUCAAUAUAAAAUGAUUAAAAAUCACUAAAAACGGAGGUUCUUUACGGCUUCUUUGAAUAGACAUUCUUCUGCGAGCCUUACUGUGCAACUUUUUCCUAGCAAUGAUGCGUUGUUUAAUCUCACCAUUAAAACAAGGAUGGGAUUUGUGUUGGAGUUUGAAAGAUAUUAUAGGUACAUAUUGACCCAGACAAUUGAGAAGGAGAUCAUUAAACUUGUCCACCUUCUCAUACACUCCCAUUGAAAGGUUCACAAUGUCCCAAGGAAUAUCGUUAUUAAACGCUUGAGCGUCCGCAUAUCUCUUGGAACUACGAGUAACUAUCGUGGGAGAUAAGGCUUUGGAACUUUCAAAUGGAAUACUGCUUACACCAAAAAAUGGUCGCUGAUCGUGACAUCAAGAAUCCCACUUGUAUACACUAACUCAGGAUUUCAAAGCACAAUAACAUCAAGUAACGUCGAUGAAGAGAGCGUUACUCCAGUGGGAGAGCGAAUCAGUUGAGUAGCAUUUAGCUGUGGGUGGGGUCGGCGCUUAUUCGAGGCUGGGCGAUUAGUAACUUUUCCUUCACACAUGAUAGGCGCUUAUUCGAGGUUGGGCUGUUUCGUGCCUUUUUACAGGGGUGGGGAGGGCGGCUGUCUCUUUUAUUUCCUUUUAUAGCCCGCGUGGCUGGCGGGAUCAGUAGCGCGAGCAAAGGUUUGGCAAAGGACCUGUGAAGCCGUUUUGAGAGCGGUGAGGAGGUGCUUCACCGCCAAGGCUCUUGCACGUGCAAAACAAAUUCUGCAAGGUACGCAGGAUCACCAAUUUAUAAACUGAAAAACUGGUAACCAAUCUAACAUUCGAAAAAGUCUCAAACAUUUAUUGAACCAAUCACGACGACCUUAUGGAGCCAUUUUUGACUGGAUGGAAUUUUGGUUUGAUUUGGAAUAAAAAUCGCAGAAAUAAACGAAAAGCAAGUCUUUUAACCAAGAUCCCCCCUAAUGGAAUGCACUCACCUUUAGUGUUAAUUUUCACAGUAUUUUUUUUUUUUACUUUCUCUCUUUAAGGCCAAUCAAGUUGCGUCCGCACAAAUCGUUCACCGGUUACAAAGUGCACAAAAAAAUGCGAGCCUUCUGUUGGCUGUGAUGCAUCUGAGGAAAAGUGUCUUUGUGAUGGCGACUGUGGUUACAGUUGUGUAAGGAAAGGUAUGCGGUAAAUAGUAGACCCCAAAUUAAUUCACGUCACUUUGUUAACUUAUAGCACAGCUAAAUAGGAUUAGUUUGCAUUUUCCACCACAACAUAUCGUUGGAACGUCUCUUGAUUACCUAACAGAGAAGUAAAAGCAAAAGUUUGGGUGUACACCUUUGUAACCUGUUUUUGAUGCCAUACAUGUAGGUCUAGAGGGACAGGCGCGUCCUUCGCCAACAUGGUGCCUUUUAUUUCUGAUGCGCAUGCUAAUAGUGGAAGAUAUUCUAAAAGGUUCCCAAUUUAUACUUGUGUUAUACUGUGGGACGAAAUAUCCUGGCCUCAGAAUUGCCCCCCAAUGGUAAAAACUCCGCUCGCGCGCUCCCGUAAUAGGCCGAAGAAACCACAACACAACGGUUGUUGCUUUGACAACGAGGGCACUUUUAAGCAUGGGACCUGAGAGUUUAUUCACCUUUGGGUUUAAAAGGAGAGACAAAGUUAUUUGGAUAAAAUUGAUAAAACCUGUAAUCACGUCAAACGCACUUUGCUAAAUAAAAAAAAAUUCAAAAUGUAUGUAGGACUGUGGUGUGUAAGCUCAGUGGUAUUGAGCGCCAAGAGUUUGUGUUUGUGAAAACGAGCAUGGCAGAGAUCGUUGUGUUUUCUGUUCCGUCUACGUGUUUAUAUAUGGUUACUUAGUGAUGGCCUUACCGGCUGGUUAGCAAAUGUUAAUGUUAAUGUGAGGGGGGAAGGAAAGAUGAACUCAAAUUUUAACGACGUGAACCUGGCUUUGACUGGGUACAUUUCUGCGGAGGCAAUUAUUCCUUUUGGUUUCGGUGUUGUUAUUUUGCUUUACCCUUUGUUUUGUUUGGAUCUUUAAUAGAUUUAUCUUGUGGAAGCCCUCCGCCUGUUUCUAAAGCAACACCCAAUUACCCGUCCACCAAUUUCGGUGCUGUUGUUACGUAUGUCUGUAACCAAGGUUACACAUUAUCUGGUGCCUCUACGAGAACUUGUCGAGCGAUCGGAGGAUGGGAUGGAGUGGGCCCCAGCUGCUGUAAGUAGGUCCCUUCUUUAGUCUCGCGCGCUUUCUUUGUAUGUAAUAACAAUAUACUGAAUGCUACUCGGGGUUUAAGUGGUCAUUGCUUUUGAUAGAGUUUACAGGCGCCGGACGCUAGCAGUUACUUCUGACGUUAAUUUUGUGCAACCGCCCCCAGACUCGUUCGUAGAUGACGUUUCGGACCAGAAAUCUCGUACCCAGAUCACUUGUGGAGGAGAUUUGGACACUAGGUUAGACAUCCUGUGUUACAGUGAUAUGGGCAUCUCCACGUUAUUGCCAUCUUCAUUCCCAAAACCCUAGUGAUAUGCAUGGGCAUUCCCUUUUCAUAUUACCUUAGCGAUUUUGAUUAGGGUUACAGGGGAUGCCAAUAUCACUAGGGUUUUGGGAAUGAGGAUUCCCAUAACGCGGGGAUCCCCAUAUCACAGUAGCACCGGACUUGAAAGUGUUAGCGAGAUUAUUUAGGAUAAGGCCAACGGAAGCCUUGAAAAAGUUUGCAGGAGCAGUUCUCAAGUAAGAAAAAGUGUUCAUGGCAGGCGACUUUAAAAAAUACCUAACCUGAAACAAAUCUCUGCAGGUUUAGUUUUCCUCGGUACAAGACUCACAAAAUGGGCUGACAAAUACACACAAAAUGAGCUAACAAAUACAAAUCGAUUGUAGAAUGAUAUAGUAAAGGACGUCUUUUGAUUAUUGUUAAUCCUUUUUAUUUCAUUAAAGAAAACUGUAAUUUUUAUUGUUUUUGUUUUAGUACAAGUGUGCACAGUACCAGAUAUUCCGUUUUCCAUGUACAUUUCCAUACCCGAGAACUACGAGCGAACAUACAAGACUGGAGAAACAAUCACAUUAGCUUGUAAAAAAGGUUUUAAGGAAAAACCAGGAGGCAAUAGCGUAAGGAUUUGUAUCAGUGGAAGAUGGGCACAAUUCCCUUUUGAAUGCGAAGGUAAAAAUCUAUAAAAAAAUAUAUAAAUUAGCGGAAAUCCACUAUUAAGAUAUUCGCAAAACAAAACUAGUUGAAAAUCAUUUUUGGUGCCUUAAUUCGUCAUCGAAACUGACUUUUACGGUAUGAAAACUAGGAUGUGGGAAAUAACUGAAAGAUUUCAGGCACUUUGCAAGGACAAAAGAGAACAGUUACGGAUGAGUAAAAGUUUACGAUAACACUUAAAAGCCACGAUCUUAAAAAUACAGAAAUCCCUUCCUAUGCCAAAAACCGCUGAAACUGGCCCGGCAAUUUUUUUGAAAGAAAUUGUACGAAGAAGUAAGGAGGAAAAAUGUGCAGCCUUUCAGGCUAUUCCGUUACCGUAAUAUAAAAUAGCGUGGUGUUAUGCUAUACAAUACGUCGCAGUACAAGAGAGUUACAAAAUUAACAAUCAUAACAUGGACUUGCAACUCCAGUAGAGGUUUUAUAUAGCCUAUCCCUUCUCAAGGGCAUACCAUUCCCCUAUAAGCACUCACUGUGAGGCUUUCAUCUUAGAACAUGUUUGGAGAAUCUUGUAACAAUGUCGUGACUCUUUAACUGUCGCCUGCGCCACCGACAAAACUGAACUCUUAUUACCCGGCCGGGUUUGGAUUGAAAGCGUGUAUUCUUGUAAAUGUUCUCAUUGUGGAUAAGGUGGUAAAAAGAGAGAUAUCUUUUUCUCCUUAAUAGUUUUAAACCCUUAAUUUUGUAAAGAACUAACAAACUCUUGUAAAUACUCAUUUUACCUUAGUUACCGCAAAAAUUAAUAGUUGAGGCGAAUUUUAAUUUUUUGUCUCGUUUUUGUUGAGGCACUCACGCGUGUAAGAGGACCGUCCGUGCACCGCUGACUAAGUGCACUGAAGAAUGUGCUCCUGAGAGUGGCUGUCGUUCUUCAAACGACCUAUGUCUCUGCGAUGGAACUUGUGGUUAUAGUUGCGUCGAAAAAGGUUAGAAUUCAGCCAACAAGAAACGGUGCUAAUUCCACCAAAAAAUUUUGUUCCCGAGCAACUGAUGUCUUAGGAUGUGACUACCAUUCGUACAAGCCUGUCAUUUUCUAUUAUUCACUACUCCAUUAACUAUAGUGGAAAAGGGGGACAAGCUCUCAACGCAAAGAUUUCUGGGUCGUUUGUGAUUCGUUGUGUGUAUUUAAAGGCGACCAUUUAAUCAAUCGUAACUAACACCUGUCCAUCCAAACUACCGCAGUGAUCGUCCCACCAAAAGGUUGUGUCCAUUCUCCUAAUGUUUCUUGGGGUCGAGAAAUAAGAAUUAAAAAUCGUCAAGGUCCAAACCAUUUUUUUAAAUUGUUAAACAAAUUUCUGUGUACCAGAUAUUUGAGUUUACUUGUUUUUUUUUUAAGAGAUCACGUAACGUAAUGGCUACGAAAUCUUCCAGGAUGUUUGAGGAGAAUUAAAAUAAAUUAAAGGAUUAUUUGCUAUUUAACGACUUAGCUUGAUUCCAACUGUGUCAUUGAAAUAACUUCAGACGUGUAAUAUCCCCGGACAACUCCGAUUUUACAUCACGUGAUUUGUCUACAAACGUAUCUGUGAACCUUAAACUUCUUUUGACUUUUGACUUGACAGAUAUGUCUUGUGGAAACCCUCCUGCGAUAACCAAUGGAAAACUUACAUUUAACGGAACAAAGUACAACAGUACAGCUCAUUAUACUUGUAAUAAAGGGUACAGCUUAAACACAAUUUUUCCGGUAAAGAGGUGUACAGCGAAGAAGAGAUGGAGUGGAAUUACCCCGACAUGCAGUGAGUAUAGCUUCUUGUAAGCCUACUAAACCUUAACUAAGUAACAACUUAUCCCUUUCCCGAGGAUGACCCGUGCAUUUUUUCUACAAGGAAAGCAGACACUCAAGGUGGAGGUUUCAAUAUUUUUGCAGAUAACACGAUAAAACCAUCACUAGUUAACAAAACUAAAUACUCUGGUUUCCAGCUAAGACCUGCGCUUUUAUUUAUUAGAUUUUUAUUUAAAUAAUUGAUUUGGGGUCCGAGAGAUUACAGGGGCAUUUCGAGAAACCUGCCCCUGGCAUGAUUUUGGUAGAGACUUUGUCGCAAAAGACAAACUCGAAAAGGUUCUGCUCGCUCUUCAGGGUGCUUUGAAUCCUAUUAGUGAAACGUAGUUGCGCGCAACUCAUAACAAAAUAAGCUAUUUCUCAAAGUAGGGGUCCAUGGAUGUUUUAAUUGAUUAAUUUUCAGUGAAGGACUGCUCGGCUCCAGCGAUUCCAAGAAAUGCAAACAUAUCAAAUCCAAGUGAUACGUACAAUUCUGGUUACAAGGUGACAUUUAAGUGCAAUGAAGGUUACAACGAAGAAGGUAUUGCCACUCAAAUGUGCUUUCAAGGAAAAUGGACUGUGCUUCCCUUCAAAUGCUCAGGUAAGUUUAUACUAACGUAGCACGUGUUCUCCUAUUUUCAUUUAAAACAAAUUAGACUAUGUUCACACUAUACCAGACUUUUGCGCCGUCACUGUGACGUCACUGUACACGGUGAUUUCACAGACAGGCUGGCUAAUUUCGGCGCGAUUGCUGUAACUGAGCGUAGCUGAACAUCGUCGAUAAUGAAUUGGAUCGCCAUAUUUGAAAUAGGUUUCUGUUACUAUCCUAUCUAAUGGUAGUAUAGCCUCAUUUGUGUAAUUGUUUAUCUUCAACGUGAGAUAGACAAAGUUUUUAUGGCAAUUAUGUACGAACUUCUUUGAAUAAAAUUCUCAGUUUUUCCGCUAUUUUUUUGAUGAGUUAUGUUUGAUUUGUUUGUUUGUUAUUUCGUUACAGUGGGUGGCUGUGGAGACCCUGGUACUCCUAAAAACGGACGAAAAGUAGGAGUGACCUACUCUGUUAACAGCAAAGUUUACUUUGGCUGUGAAUUUGGUUAUGAGUUGAUGGGUUCCGAAGAUCGUAAGUGUCAACCAAACGGCUCAUGGACAGGACAACAACCAGUAUGCACAAGUAAGUAUAUACAUGCUUAACCCUGAAAUUGCGAUUACAGCAUCGUUGGUCAUAUCUUCACCCUAUAUUUUAUUCCUUUCACGGUUUAAUUUAAGUUAAUUUAAUUUAAUUUGGUAUGUCCAUUUUAUAAUAGAGAAACGGAAGGGGGGGGGGGGGCGUUCUUUUAAAGUUCGUGGAGCUAAAUCAAUCAAUCAAUCAAUCAAUCAAUCAACUUUAUUUAAACACGGUAAAUGGCUCAGCAAGCUGGUUUUCAGACAUGCCGUGUGAUAAGCUGUGGAAUGGGAUUCCUUUUUGUUUAUGAAGUGGAUGAGACAGAAAUAGCGUCGAAAAAUAGCCAAACUAAAUAUCUCACUAAAAGAGAUUUUUCAGAAAGAAAUAAGAGCAAUUUUCGGCUCUCUCUUUCUCGUGUUAAUUGGAAUUUACGUUUCGAUGAAAGCGAUACUAAUGAAUGUUAUAAUAGUUUUGUGAGUGAGUAUGUUCGAUUAUACAAUGAAAGCUUUCCAUUAAAAACGAUAAAACUUAAAACAAAGAAAGUAAUGCGCUCCCCUUGGAUAACGCAAUCUCUGCUUGUUUCUAUCAGGAAAAAGAUAAACUCUAUAAGCAGUUCAUUAAUUCUAGGGACUCAACUACUGAGUUAAAAUACAAACGCUAUCGGAACAAACUGAAUCAUCUUAUAAAAAUUGCUAAACGAAAGUACUAUGAUACAAAAUUUGAGAAGGCUAAAAAUAACCUGAAAGAAACUUGGAAACUAAUCAAUGAUGUAAUCAACAAACCGAGCAGAAAAGCAGCUCUGCCAAAUUCCUUUUUCUCUGAUGGAAAACUGUUAAAUGAUCCACAAGAAAUAGCUAACUGCUUUUGUAAGUUCUUCACCAACAUAGGUCCGAAUUUAGCAAGGAAAAUUCCAGACACACAAGUAUCUUUUCGUAGUUUUCUUGGCGCUUCUGUUAAUGAGUCGCUUAUCUUAAAUCCAACUAAUAUUUCGGAACUAAAUCAAAUAUGCAACUCUUUUAAAUCUGGAAAGUCGCCUGGAUAUGAUAACGUUUCAAUGGAUAUAAUAAAAAGCACCUUUGAUCUCAUUUCUCAGCCUUUGGCCAAUGUAAUCAAUUUGUCUCUUAUUAAAGGAGUAUUUCCUGAUGAACUGAAAAUUGCUAAACUGAUUCCGGUAUUUAAAGCUGAUGAUUCCCAGUAUUUCACUAACUACCGUCCAAUUUCGCUUCUUUCUAAUUUUUCUAAAUUCUUUGAAAGAGUUAUGCACAAUCGUAUUACAAAUUUUUUAGAUCGUUUAGAUAUCUUAUACUGUUGCCAAUUUGGUUUCGUAAAAAUAUUCUACAGCGCUGUCUUUAAUUCAUCUUAUUAAUAAAAUUGCAACUGCUAUUGACAGAAGCGAAUAUACAGUUGGCAUAUUCUUAGACUUAUCAAAAGCAUUUGAUACUUUAGACCAUCAAAUACUCUUGUCUAAGCUUGAGCAUUAUGGGAUUCAUGGGCUAGCACUUAGCUGGUUGAAAAGCUAUUUGUCAAAUCGCGUGCAGUUUGUCCAGUACAAAGAGACUUGUUCUAUUAGGCUGACUCUGAGCUGUGGAGUCCCUCAAGGUUCUAUAUUAGGACCAUUAUUGUUUGUUUUGUAUAUCAAUGACCUCCCUUGUGCUACUCGUCUUGCUGAAACUAUGCUUUUUGCAGAUGAUACUAGUGUGUUUUAUUCUAAUCCCGAUUUAAAUUGUGCUAUUUCUGCCGUAAAUAAUGAUUUAUCUCAAAUUGAUCUUUUAUGAAAGCAAAUAAGCUCUCUGUUAACAUAACGAAAACUAAUUAUAUCAUUUUUGCAGCAAGGCAAAAACCAGUCGGCUUCCCAAUAAAUCCUGUCUUGUACGAUGAGGUUUUAUUAAAACAAGUAAAGGUAGUUAAAUUUUUAGGGUUUUUAUCGACGAGCAUCUAACGUGGAAGCCGCAUAUUACUUAUAUAUGUAAGAAAAUUUCAAAAUCUAUUGGCGUCAUGUUUAGGUCUCGUUUCUUUCUUUCUGAAACAACAAAAAAAGUCUCUUUAUUAUACCUUAAUUUAUCCUUAUUUAACAUAUUGUACCACAGUUUGGUCCUCCACUUAUGUAACAAACCUUAAUAGAAUUUUUCUUCUACAAAAGCGAGCAGUACGAAUUAUUACAAAUGCAGAUUUUCGCGCGCACUCUGAACCAUUAUUUUUCCGUUUAAAGAUUUUGGACAUAUACAACAUUAAUUCAUUCUAUACUGCACAAUUUAUGUUUUCAUAUUAUCAUCAAUUACUGCCACCGCUUUUUUCGAACCUUUUUGUUACUAGUAGCAAUAUUCAUAAUUAUAAUACUAGAAGUUCCUCGCAUUUCCGUUCUCAUGCCUGCCGAACUAACACCAAACAAUUUUCUAUUUUGUUCCAAGGCCCUAAAAUUUGGAAUUCUUUACCAAACUCAGUCACUUCGAUUUUUACAUUGCAAUCGUUUAAAACGAAAGUUUUUGAUUUUCUACUAUAUCGAUAAUGCGUCUUGUACUGUCCGUUGUUGUGUGUUGUUAUAGUUCUAUUGCUUAAUAUUAUUGUAACGAGGGGGCCUCCUCGUACAAGCCUUGUGGUUUUCUGAGGUCCCCUCGCCACAUCUUUGUAUAAUGUAAUGCUUGUGUAAUCUUUAUUGUGGGAAAAUAAUAAAUAAAUAAAUAAAUAAAUAAGCUGUGGAUUGGGAUUCCUUUUGACAUGCGAAAAAAGGACACCGCUGGCGCGUUUAAGAAUACUCUUAAAAAAUAUUUUUUAGCCUAGUUCUGUUAAAAAUUAACGGAGAAAUAGACAGAAUGACAGAAAAAUGCAUAGAACAAAGUAAACUUUAGCAUGUUAAAAAAUUGGCGCCCAAAAGUUCAUAACCAGCCUUUGAUGUAAAUGUGGCAGACCCAUAAACUCCUUUUUAAGAAAAGAGACGGUUUUUCAGUCGUCCUCGCGUGAACCAUUUUUGUGUAUUAUUAGUGACUCCAAGGAUAUGUCUUUCUUUUAUAUCAGUUGUAGACUGUGGUUUGCCACCACAACCUGUGAAUGGCUGGUCCAGCGGAAAUGAAACAAAGUUUCGAAGUGUGAUCAAAUUCAAAUGCAACAAAGGCUAUAAUUUGGUCGGAAGUGAAACAAGAAUAUGCACCUCAGACAAAAAAUGGGGUGGAAGAGAAGCCAAGUGUGAAGGUAAGGAUAGUGGUCAAUAAACUGACAAUAGACCUUUAUCGGUACGCUGAUGACCUUUGAUAGCCUUCUACGCAGACAUUCUUAAGGGUUCGUCAAGGCCGGAACGCGGGACGAUCCUCUAAGAACGUCUGCGUGGGAGGCUAGACCUUUUUGACUGUUAACAUUUCAUCGCAUUAACUACGUUUAGCAAAGAUUUAUCCACUUUUACCAGAUAUACGACUCCCUGAGAAUUUCUCUUCUAAUAAUAGGUUAAUAUUAUUGGUCGGCACCGCCUGCGGCUUUAGCGCUUAGGAAUGAAUAAACAAACAGACAGCUAAACAUAAACGGAAAAUUUGCAGUUAGAUAUAUUUUUUGUAGACCUCGUUAAUUAUUGUGUGUAGAAGGGUGUUUAAACUUGUUCUGUUUUCCAUGAUUAUUUCCCAAAGCUGUUGAUUGCGGACAGAUUUCUGCACCAGUGAAUGGCUCGAUAACAGGUGAUAAAUCAACCUACCCUAGCUAUGUGGAUAUUUAUUGCGAUCAAGGAUUCAUAUUGCGUGGUUCCCACCGUCGAAAGUGCCAAGCGAAUGGACAGUGGAAUGGAACUGAUGCGUCCUGUGCUGGUAAUAAACCUGAAUAUCACAAUAAUUUACUUCACCAUUUAUAUAAAAGGUUUAUUCUCCAUUAAAUACUGUCUGAUGAGUGCGUGAGCACGAAACUCGGAGUAACAGAGAAUUUUGUCUCUUCGUUAUAUCUUCUUACUUCACCAUUUAUUACAACUUGAUUUUUAUAACCUUGAAUGAAGCGGAAAACAAGCAUGAAAAUUUUGCAUUUUGCAAGCUGGGUUAAGGAGAAGCAUUUGAUUAUAGAUCUAUAUACUAAGUUCAGUUUAAAGAAAAAAAAGCGCAACAAUUUAUCUUAUUGACUAUUUUUGUUGAUAUAAGCUUACGGAAGAUUGUUUUCGAAUUCGCCAAGGUUGCAUAUCAGCCAGCUGGAAAUGUUACUUCCCAUGUUAACCGGUUGAUAAAAAAAAAAAAAAAAGAAAAAAAAAAACACUUGAGCACUUAAAAAUUCAUCCUCUAUUGUCACGAUGUUUGUGAAUAAUUGGUCAGUGGUUAUCUACAGAAAAGGGAGUGUGGGAGAAAUUAUCAUCUGACCAUUGUCUUGUCCCUGUGCGGCGUUUUCCCAGGCCUUCUCGGUCAACUCACUGCGGUGAUGUAUCCGAGGCGAACGCGACCCGAAACGGAUUUGACGGGCGCAAUAAUGAGGCCUAGGGACUAGGUAAAUGUGAGCAUACAUCAAGAGUGAAUAUCCAUAGCGGCAUUUUAUUUUGAAUCUCUGCCACUCUCUAUGUUUUCUUUAGACAUGUACCGUUUAUUUCUGUACAACUCGGUUAUCGUUAGGGUAUAAAAUUAAAUCGCAUCGGUUAUAGGAAUUAUUUUUGUAAAGUUUAGAUGUAUGUAAAGGUGUCCUCAUUGAUCUUCUGUUUCUCUGAUAAAGCUGUUGAUUGUGGAAGGCUUUCUCCUCCAAUGAACGGAUCUCUGCUGAGUAACGAAACCACUUACCCGAACGAAGUGGAGAUUAGCUGUGAUGAAGGUUUCAUUGUGCGUGGACCAUUCCGUCGAAAAUGUCAAGCAGACAAAACCUGGAGUGGGGAAAGCGUUUUUUGUGAAGGUAACAAAUUCAUGUGUACUUACUUAAAACUUAAUGCAUCUUUCGGGCUCCUGAAUCCUGAUUUAACCUUUUGAACAAAAAAAAUGUUUUUCCCAAAACGAAAAACUCCAAAACAAAGUAAUAAGGGAUAGCUGAGAUUUUGUUCAAACAGUCUCAUGGGUUGACAAACACUCAUUACAAUUCAAAUUGCUUCGAUCGUCCGUCCGUCUGUCUGUGUUAAAGAUCCUUUCUUCGUCCACUCAAUCUCCAGUUUUUCGAAACAUUCCAACCGAUCUCGGGGUUAAUAAUCGUCAUUUCGUUUUUACUACAGAAGACUUCUACGUUACGCACAGUCGCUUUGAAAGACACACUAGUUUAUUAACGCUUAUUAAAUUUAUAUGUUUUUAACCUGAUUUCGGUCUAUAUUUUAAGCAGCAAAACUAGCCUAACAUCUGUUUAACGAACUGAACGUUAUACAUCAAGUACGGACAACUAGUAUAUUUUGCCGUAGUUUUCUCAUUGGUGAGCUCCAAGCUCAUCUACGGGCGGUGUGUUGCGCUGAAUUUCUUCUUCAACACAUUAGUGAAGUUCGUGCCAUUUAAUAAUCGGUCGUCAUGCGUAGCGUUGCAUUCCUCUCUCAUUUUCAAGCCAUAAACUGCGGCAAGCCAACUGUGCCAGAACAUGGCUCAGUCGUAGGAGAAUCCACGAGAUACCCGAACACGAUAACAUAUUCUUGCGAAGAUGGAUAUGAAAUUGAAGGUCCUGCCUUGAGAAGCUGUCAAGCUAAUGGAACAUGGAGUGGAAACGAGGCUGAGACUCGCUGCAAACGUAAGUAUCAAUAUACUGUUAUUUUUAUUUUAGUAUGUGACUCGUUAUGUUGGUUUAGCCUGUGUAAAGCCGCCUCAUCCCCUCAAACAAAAUCUUUUUUUUUUUUUUUUUAAGUUGGGGGGGGGGCCGUACACAGCAGGCUAUUUAGUUUGAGCUUGUAGUUGCAUUGCAUACUGAACUAUCCGUUCUCUCUCUGUUGACUGUGGCAUACUUUAUAGGAGAGGAGGAGAUUACCCGACAAUAAGGAAAACAAUCACUAUUAGUAAUCUAGUCCUUUUUUUGCAUCGGCUGACCGAUUGAUUCCACGUAGUUCAAAGCUCGUAGUUUACGAAAAUGGUCACUGAAAAAACCGUGACCGCCUAUAACACCUUUAGCAGUUCAUACUGGAGAUCCAGGUUUGAGCUAUGGUCAUGCUGGCAUCAGCUGUGGCAUCUGUUCUUGAAGUGACCUUUUCCAUUCAAUCCUAUUUUUAAGAACCGCUAACAUUUUGCAAUGGCAGCGGACUAGCAUACCGUUGCGGCAGGGGAAGAAGUCCUUAUCCUUAGAUCAGGGAUAAGCACCAGCCGUAUGCCGGAGCUUCUAUGCUCGUAAUAUGUUUUGACAAGCUUAGAAAAUGAAUAAAUAAUUGCUAUAUAAAUGAAUUAUUAAUUUUAUCCUCACGGGGUCAGAAACUCAACAGAUUUUGUUUUAUUCGACGUCAACAGCAAGGAACUGUGGUAUACUCAAGGCCCCAACAAAUGGAUCUUUAUUUGGUAAUAUGACCACGUAUCCACAAAAGGUGCAAUUUAUGUGUGACGAAGGCUUUAAUCUGCGAGGAUCAAAUAUAAGACAGUGUCUGUCAACUGGGAAUUGGAGCGGAAACAUGACCUUUUGUGAAGGUAAAAGGAAAAACAAAGAGCAAGGGUUGAAGAUCUUCGCUUGAUCAGUAUAAAUAGAAGAGAACGACAUGUAAAAUAAGAGAGAAAUAGACAAUUCUUUUUGCAAGGAAGACUUGUUUUGGCCGUUACAAUUUCAGUUAAAUAUGCUAUUGAUGAUUAAAACAUAAAAGGCGUCAUUGUCAAAGUGACUGCUAGCUACUGAACUGAGACCUUUGUUCAUGUUUGUAUAGUUGUUGCGUAAAAGCACACCUAAAAAUGUUAUUAUUUUAUCAGGUGUGUUAUAUAGACUAUAAACUUUUCAAUUACAUAUUACUACCCUUAGCGACGCCGUAAUGUACAAGAUGGCACCUGUACAUAUCCGUAUAUUAUAAAAUUUCUGUGUGACGAGGAAUCAGCCUUAUCACGGUUUUGACGAGUAGGCAACCGCGUGAGAAAUUACAGUGUUUGUAUGAGAAUCUAAUGUCCAAAAAUUUCCGUAAAACGGCUGUUCUGAAAAAAAUAUGAAUUGAAAACUAAAUUUUCACUCCUAACGAUUCUUCUGAAAAAAUUUGAGGUCGUUACAUGCAGCUAUAUGCGUUAGAACCACUUUUUAAAAUUUUCUAUACAUUUGCCUGUAAACGUUUCCCGGGAAAAAAUUGCAGACAAAUAUGUGGAAAAUCUGAAGCAAUCGUCUGGAGAAAUUUAAGCACAAUAACGGCUCCCAAAAUUUGAUAGUAAAAUUCUUUGCUGUGUAGCUUUAGUUUACAGUUCAUAUUUUUUUCAGAAUAGCCGUUUUACGGAAAUUAUUCGACAUUGGAUUCUCAUACAAACACUGUAAUUUCUCACCGUGAUAAGUAACCGUGAUAAGACCUAUUAAAUCCACCACCAUAACCAAAAGUGAAAGUGUCAUAACUCUAUAUGCAGAGGGACAAAGAAAGGUGUAGAGAAUGUGAUAAAUUUUAAAAUGCCUUCAAAAUCUAAUAGCUAAUUUUUUUGUAAUUUUGCUAAUUAUUCGAUUUGUUCCUUAUAUUUUCAGCUGUUAACUGUGGUGGUCUAUCUUCUCCCUUGAACGGCUCUGUAUAUGGUAAUCUGACGGUAUUCCCGAAUAUUGUCACAUUCAGCUGUGAUCCAGGAUUUAUUCUUCUUGGUUCCUCAGUACGAAAGUGCCAGUCUACUGGAACAUGGGAUGGUUAUAAGGCGGUUUGCAAAGGUUUCUUAAAAUUUUAUUAUUUUGCCAUACAGAAUAAAUUACAGCAGGUAGAAUAAAAAAAAAUAAUAAAUAGGUAAAUAACAUUAAAUUAAAAUUAGUACACACUCCUGGGAAGGAGUUCCUGUGGCGGAAAAAUUUUCGAGAAGUCAACGGGCUUAUAAGAAAUAGAAAUUUAAAAUUAAAGAAAAUUAAACUUAAAAUUAAAAUUAAAGAAAAAAGACGUGUGUUUUAACGAUAUAGGUAUGUUGAGUGAAAUAGGUAUGUAGUAAUCAGAUAUUUAGGUUGUAUCGUGUCUGACCCUUAAAAAUGGUUUUAUCAGACGCUUAAUCAUAUUUAAGGUAUGAUACCUCAAACCUUCAAUGGACAGUCCAAUUUGAAUAUAGCCACACUUGCAAAAGCGUUUCAGCCGGUCUCAAGAUUGAGAAGAAAAAACGUUUCUUCGUUGAACUUUAUAAGGGCGAUUAAAGUAUAAUUCCAAUGGAUACUAAGGUAAGAGAACACUAUUUUUCAAUUUCUCUACAAAACUGAAGCAAAAGAAGGAACGCAAUAAAGAGAAGCCCUAGUCAAAUAGUCUUAGGCAGCUCAUUCACUGCACGUGUGGGACGUGAUUCUAUCUUGACAUAAUGACCUUUUUUCAACAGCAAAAGAUUGUGGCGCUCUUAAAACUCCGAGAAAUGGAUCUUUAGUUGGAAAUCUAACUACGUAUCCGCACAAGGUGCAAUUUAUCUGUGAUGAAGGCUUUAAUCUACGAGGAUCGAAAAUAAGACAGUGUCUGUCAACUGGAAAUUGGAGCGGAAGCGAAAGUUUAUGUGAAGGUAAAAAGAAAUAUGUCGAGAAUAGACUGCAAGCGACAGCCCUUGAGAAUUCCUUUGAGACAGGUCAAGUAAUUAUUGCCAUUAUUGUUACUUUUCUAGCUGUUAACUGUGGUGGUCUAUCUUCUCCCUUGAACGGCUCUAUAUCUGGUAAUCUGACGGUAUACCCGAAUAUUGUCUCAUUCAGCUGUGACCCAGGAUUUAUUCUACGCGGUUCCUCUAUUCGAAAGUGCCAGUCUAAUGGAACAUGGGAUGGUUUUAAGACGGCUUGCGCAGGUAAAAUGCGUAAAACCUCCAGUGGAAAGAUUUUAUGAAAUGCGACAAGACCACGCCUGAAAAAGCGUUUCCUUCAUUCGUAAGCUUUGGAUAAACAAAAACUUUUUUCAUUUUAUUCUUUGGGGACUUUAGGCGAGUUAUGGAACCCUUUUUUUCAAGUUUUUUGGCAGAAUGUUCAUAAUGUUUUAGCAGUUUGCUCUGUGCAUUGAAAUUGCACUGAAAGAGUUUACCGACAGGUAGACGGUUGUUAAACGGCAUACUGUUUUUCUACUUUCUGGUGAGAAUGAUUGCCGUUUUAAGGCGCAUUCUUUAAUUUUAUAGACAAAGCUAACAAAGUAACGGUUAAGGACAUGUCAUUAAUAUAUAUAGAUUUCGCCAGGGCUAAAAGCGAAGCUCUCUUUAAUAUUUAUAGAUUCCUCAAAGAAAAUAUAAAAUUGAGUAAUACUAAAGACAAGAUGAAAGCAACGAGAACGGUAAAAACAACAAAAAUAGAUCUAAUUAGCAAAACAACAACUUUGCACGUGCAGCACGCUUUUUUUUCUAAUUAGCAAAAAGCAACUCUGCACGUGCAGCAGUUUUUUUUUGUACAUUUCCUAACCGUUGUUUUACACGUACCUGAAACUUCUUUUAGCUUCCUAUUUACGCGUUUUAUGGAGAAAAUGUUUGUGUUCCUGUUCACUCUGUUUUUUCACUGCGGCUCCUUUUUCACAUUAGUAGCCGCUAGCAUUUCUCGUUUUCUAACGGCCGCUAUAUAAUUUCCAUGUUUUUCUUUCAACGAAAUUAGUCUCCGUUGUUAUUUAUUUCUCGCUCCUGACAAGUGUGACACUUGACAUCGGCUUACAUGAAGUGUGUGUACGUGUGGGCGGGCGUACGCUACGUCAUAACCAAAUUUUCUCGGAUGGAUAGGUUACCCAAUUUUCUUACCCAUGGUGCUCCGCUGGCGCGCUUCGCGCGCGAGAGCUCCUCUAUAAGUUAAUGAGUGAAGGGAUUUUUUUAUCCCAACCAGUGAAAAGCAGAUUAUUUUCAGAGUUUUGAACUGCUUGAAGUAGUAUUGAAGUAUGAUUUGAUAAGAACAGUGAUGGAAGACGGCACUUUUUUUCUGGAUUUGUCUACCAAACGAAUCAAACGAAGGCAAUCAAUAAAGCGAAGCCAUUGUGAAAUAGUGUUAGGCAGCCUGUAUACCGAAAGUAUCAGACGUAUGAUCUUAGCUUGAUAUUAUCCGCAUUUUUUUCAACAGCAAGAGAUUGCGGCGCUCUGAAAACUCCAACCAAUGGAUCUCUGGUUGGUAAUCUGACUGCAUAUCCUCACAAGCUGCAAUUUAUGUGUAAUGAAGGCUAUAAACUGCGAGGAUCGGAAAUAAGACAGUGUCUGUCAACUGGGAAUUGGAGCGGAAACGAAAGUUUCUGCGAAGGUACGAAGAGAUAAUAUCCACAAUGUGAUAGGAACAGCCCUUGAGAAUUGUUUUGAGAUAGUUUUGAUAAUUGUUGCAAUUAUUAUUACUUUUGUAGCUGUAAACUGUGGUGGACUAUCUUCUCCCCUAAAUGGCUCUAUAUCUGGUAAUUUGACGGUAUACCCGAAUAUUGUCACAUUCAGCUGUGACCCAGGAUUUAUUCAACGUGGUUCCUCAGUAAGAAAGUGCCAGUCUAAUGGAACAUGGGACGGUUAUGAGACGAAUUGCGAAGGUAUUAUUAUAAAUUCAGUGGACAGAUAUUAUUAAAUGUGAUAAGGCAACGCUUGCAAGAGUGUUUUCAUCUUUCUCAAGGUUUCAUUCACUCAUACCUUCGUUGGCCUGGUUGUCACUUACUGUCAUGCACUCAUUCUACGACUGUUAUUGUUCCUCUUAGCAUUCUAGUCUACUCCUACAUGAUCAUUUCACUUUUUUGUGUGUUUGUGUGCGUUUCUGGUCUUAAAGGGGCUGGUAUGUUAGGGUUAGUUUUUUCUCAAGAAAUCUAGUCCAUGUCGAUCUACAAUAGACAGGAAUUAUGGUUUCGUAUAAAAUUCAUUUGAUUUUUAUUCUGCAACUAUCGACCUGAUUUAGGGGAAACUUGUUCUUCGGUAUUGAUUCUGUACGCUACCCAUUUGCUGAACGUUAAGGUAGCCGAUAGAGGAGGUAAGAGUUUCAUGAACAUAGCCCAUACCCUAUAUAAACAGUCUAUCAUUUAAUACAAUAUUUAUAUUUCUUUUUCUGCUUUCUCUUUGGUAUCACCAGCAAAAGACUGUGGCGCACUUAAAGCACCAACCAAUGGCUCUUUAUCUGGAAACCUGACUACAUAUCCACAAGUUAUAAAAUUUAUUUGUGACGAAGGUUUCAUUCUGCGAGGCUCCAAAGUAAGACAGUGUAUGUCAAAUGGAAAUUGGAGCGGAGACAAAACUUAUUGUGAAGGUAAGAAGGGGGAUGUCUGGAAAGUUGCAAAUAUCAUUAUAAUCCACACAGAUUUAUUUAUAAUUUGGUCACUUAUUUGACAUAAUUAUUUACUCACUUGGGAACUGGAGUGGAAACGAUACUUUGAGUGUGGGUGAAGAGAAAGAUCUUAAGAGGUAUAAGUUUAUAUAAUAAACUAUCAAGAAAGUAGCGAAAAUCUCAGUAGGGUCGAUAUAAAUUGGUAAUUGAAUGACCAUAUUAUGUCCCACUUGUAUAGAAAAAUGUUGUCUUUGGAAAGAGAGUCAACGUUAGCGACAGAUGAAUGACUCUUCUCUUGACGGGUUGAAGUUUUCCCCACGUAAACGGGGCCUUAAUGCCUUCCUAUUUUUCAAAGAUAUUAUUGUUAUAUCAGGUGCCCUAUAAUAAUAGUUUAUAUAAUAUACUUCUUUUCUAUUUGAUAUCAUUAACCAAGGACUGUCAUACAUUAGGUAACAUCUUUCUGUCCUAAUCCGCAUGAUAUGAAAUGUCUGUGUGACAAGUGAUUAAAUGUACCUGCAGGUCAGCUGGGACAUGGAAUAGAAAUAACACUAUCUGUAUGGGAUAAACUGAAAGAUCACGAAAAUGUGAUUAAUUUUAAGAAUGCAUAAAAAAUCCAGUAAGUAUCUGUUUUGUAAUUUUGCUAAUUAUUCAAUUUGUCCCGUACAUUUUUAGCGGUAGACUGUGGUGGUCUGUCUUCUCCCAUGAACGGCUCUCUAUCGGGUAAUCUGACAGUAUACCCGAAUAUUGUCACAUUCAGCUGUGACCCAGGAUUUAUUCUACACGGUUCCUCUGUACGAAAGUGCCAGCCUAAUGGAACAUGGGAUGGUUAUAAGACGGCUUGCGAAGGUAUAAUGCAUAAAAUCCCUAAUGGACAUGUGCAGGUUCUCUUAAAUGUUUUAAGAACUACAAGCAAUGGAUCUUUAGUUGGCAAUCUGACUACCUAUCCACACAAGGUGCAAUUCAGGGGCGGAUCCAGGAUCUUUUUUAGGGGGGGGUGCACUCGUCUCUUGCUCUACUUCAACACCAAUAAACCACAUAGUUUUCUUUAGGCAGAAUACCAGUUGUAUUAGAAAACCGCAGGUCAUCUCAAUGGGGGGUGCGCACUCCCUGCAAUUUAUGUGUAAUGAAGGCUUAAUUCUGCGAGGAUCGAAAAUAAGACAGUGUCUUUCAACUGGGAAUUGGAGCGGAAACGAAAGUUUCUGUGAAGGUACGACGAAACACGUCGAGAAUGUGAUUGAUGAAUGAUGAUUGAUUUUAAGCAACGCCCAUGAGAAGUGUUUUGAGAAAGUUUUAGUAAUUGUUGGAUUUAUUUUUACUAUUGUAGCUGUUAACUGUGGUGGUCUAUCUUCUCCCAUGAACGGCUCUAUAUCUGGUAAUCUGACGGUAUACCCGAAUAUUGUCACAUUCAGCUGUGACCCAGGAUUUAUUCUACACGGUUCCUCUGUACGAAAGUGCCAGUCUAAUGGAACAUGGGAUGGUUAUAAGACGGCUUGCGAAGGUAUAAUGCAUAAAAUUCCCAAUGGACAUGUGCAGGUUCUCUUAAAUGUUUUAAGGCCACGCCUGCAAAAGCGUUUCAGCCUGUCUCAACAUUGAGAAGAAAAAACGUUUCUUCGUUGACCUAACGCCAAGAUUGCACUGCAUGAAUAAACGCACGGACGGACGGUUCAUAAAUCGCAUAUUGCGUUUCGAGUUUUGGCGAAAAUGAUUGUUUCAAUACAUUCUCUAAUUGUCGUCUCAAAGCAGACAAAAUAAAGAGAGCCAUGUCGGUAUGGAAUGAUGUUGAUUCAGCUGCAGGCUGGGAUGGGGAAAUUUCACUGAAAGGACUGUUUGUACCAAACUGUGGUAAACAGAUUGUUUUUAGGGUGUAAAACUAAGGCUGAUCAAGUAUCACUGGGCUGAACAGAACACUGAGGUAAGAUAACAUUUUCCCUACCAAACGAAGCUAAGGAAAACAAUCAUGAAUGGCCAUUGACAAAUAGUGUUAAGGCAACCCAUCUACUGUACGUCCUGAAUCUGAUCAUAAAUCGAUGUAAUCCACAUUUUUCAACAGCAAAAGAUUGUGGCCCUCUUAAAACUCCGAGCAAUGGAUCUUUUGUCGGCAAUCUGACUACGUAUCCGCAAAAGGUGCAAUUUAUGUGUGAUGAAGGCUUUAAUCUGCGAGGAUCGAAAAUAAGACAGUGUCUGUCAACUGGAAAUUGGAGCGGAAACGAAAGUUUUUGUAAAGGUAAGAAGAAAUAUGUCGAGAAUGUGAUUGAUUGUAAGAUAACUGAGAAUUGUUUUUAGAUCGUUUUAGUUAUUUUUGGAAUCAUGUUUACUUUUCUAGCUGUAAACUGUGGUGGUCUAUCUUCUCCCAUGAACGGCUCUCUAUCUGGUAAUCUGACGGUAUACCCGAAUAUUGUCACAUUCAGCUGUGACCCAGGAUUUAUUUUACUCGGUUCCUCUGUACGAAAGUGCCAGUCUACUGGAACAUGGGAUGGUUAUAAGACGACUUGCGAAGGUAUUAUGUCUAAACGAAAAUCUGUCGAACCGGUUAAAUGAAAAUAGAAAAUGACAACAGGUUAAAACCAAUCAAGGUUGGCUGUGUGUAUUGUUUCUAUUGUAUCAGAAAUACUCAAAAGGUAAAAUAAUUAAUGAGAAUCUACCCGUUUUUAUUUUUGAGAUAGAGACAAAAGGGCACGGCGUCAUCCAUCUUAAACCUGUCAGUCUUGUUAAAACCACCUAAAAAUAGCAUAUGACCUUAUCUUUACGAGAUUCCACCCCAUUAUGUUCAAGAGAUAAAGACAAAAAGCUAUGACGUCAUCGGUGUUAAUAUAUACCACUGCAAAUUAAUCAAAUUCCACCGCAGAAAAGGUUAAUCCCAUCCCUAUUAUACUACUACUAAUAUACUUUACUCAUUUCAGUUAUGUUUAGGCGAGUCAUGAAGACCCUUUUUCAAAUUUCUUUGGGAAUAGCUCUAUGACUGUUAUGCCAGUUUCCUCUGCCAUUGAAAUUACACUGUAAUACAUAAACGGCAUAUUGCUUCUCUACUUUGCGGUGAAAAUGGCUGCUCUUUAAUUGUCGACACAAAGCUAAUAAAAUAAUACAUACAUACAUACUUUAUUGUUACCUUCCCAAAGGGGCUUUUCAGGAACAAAGAUUAUAUUACAUAAUAUCAUAGGUGACGAAUUACUCCUUAAUUUUGGCGCGACAUUUUACCGUUAAUUUGUAAUUUCACAUGUGAAAUUACAAAAUUGCCAUGGCAACCGUUCCGUACGUCUCAGUGUCAAGAUGGCGACGAAGUUUUAAAAUGCCGUGAAUGAAGAUGUCAGGGCAAAAAAAGACGCUUUAUAAAACCUGAACACACAAGAGAACAUCAAGAAGGAUUCUAACAGGUAUUUUGCCGAAAAAGUCUGAAAAAUUCUGAACUUUAUGAGCCAAAUUUAAAGUCUAAACAUUUGAGAGAGUGGAGUUCUCGAUCGAUGCGAUCCAGGAUAAACAUGUCAAAAAUCCAAGAUUGCUAACGUAAUUCGUCACCCAUGAUAUUAACAGGUAAUCAAAUGGUAUACUCGUGAAAUUAGGGAAUAAUUUCACGCGCGUUUUGUCCAAAUCCUAAUAAUUUCCCGGGCCUUUAGGCGAGGGAUGUUUAGCUUUUGUCUACUCCGAGUUGUUCGUUCGCUAACUUGCUCGCGGGUAAUAAAUUGGGAUGUAAGAUAUUCGGGGGCUUGACCGGUCAUGCAUUUAAAGCUAGGCCAUAAUAGCUUGGCGAUAGUACAGUUGGUCCUUAACAUGCAACCAAGACAGGCUUUUUAAGAGGGGUGUUACGUGAUCAUAUUUUUUCGCACUGCUGACGAUUCGGCAAGCAAAGUUUUGAACGGCUUGCAAUUUUCUAACAUUCCUAUUUGUGGUAUUUGCCCAACCAUUCGAACAGUAGUACAUUUUGCUGAAGACUAAGGCAUGUAUUACGGUUAACAACGUAUUUUUGUCUAAGCAAUGUUUGACCCGGUUAAUUUGCGCCAGACGUGUGAUACAUUCCGACACUGAAGUCGUUAUAUGGUUAUCAAAUGUUACGUUCGGAUUUAAAAUCACGCCAAGAUCUCUCGCUUAUUGCGCUGGGGAAUAAUGGCGCUUAUGUCAACUGAAUGAGGUUACUGCUGCAGACGUUAAGGACUGGCGGUUGUUACAUAAUGUUAGAAAAAGGGACUAUUCAUCCCAACCUGUUAUAUUUUAUUUCCAUGUUGUGUAAGCCCUGAUAAAAUAUUGGCUAAAAAGAAUAUAGAGUAAAAAGCACUCUCUAGCAAACAAACCAAACGAAGAAGAAGCCAUCAUAAAAACAUUCUUUGGCAGUACAUCUUCUCUUGGUUUUCGAUAUGAUGCUAACUGGGCUACAAUCUGCUUCUUUUCCAACAGCAAAAAAUUGUGGCGUUCUAGAAACUCCAAGCAAUGGAUCUUUAGUUGGCAAUCUGACUACAUAUCCACACAAGGUGCAAUUUAUGUGUGACGAAGGCUUUAAUUUGCCAGGAUCGAAAAUAAGAGAAUGUCUGUCAACUGGGAAUUGGAGCGGAAACGAAAGUUUCUGUGAAGGUACGAAAAAUACAACGGGAAUGCGAUUCAUUGUAAGCAACAGUCCUUGAGAGGUGUUUAGAGAUGGUUCUAGUAAUUGUUGCAAUUGCUUCUACUUUUUUAGCUGUUAACUGUGGCGGUCUAUCCUCUCCUAUGAACGGCUCUAUAUCUGGUAAUCGGACAGUAUACCCGAAUAUUGUCACAUUCAGCUGUGAUCCAGGAUUUAUUCUGCGUGGUUCCUCUGUACGAAAGUGCCAGUCUAAUGGAACAUGGGGCGGUUAUAAGACGGCUUGCAAAGGUAUAAUAUGUGAAAAGUUCAGUGGGCAGAUUCCAUAAAAUGUGAUAAGGCCACGCCUACCAAAGUGUUUCUGUCUUUCGCAAGCAUUGGAAAAACAUAUAUUUUUCCUUUUAGUUCAUUUUGAACCUUAGGCAAGUCAUAGGGACCCUUGUUGAUAGUCUUUGGCAGUAUAUUCAAGAAAGCUAUAGCAUUUUGAUGUAAGCGCUGGUUAGAACACUGAUGAAUGAAUUGACGACACUUUUUUUCUGGAUUUCUGAACCAAAAGAAUCAAACGAAGGCAAGCACGAUAAAGCGAUUCUAUUUCAAAAUAGUAUUCGACAGCCCAUCUACUUUACGUAUUUGAUCUUAACCUGAUAUUGUACGCCUUUUUAACAGCAAAAGAUUGCGGCCCUCUUAAAACUCCAAGCAAUGGAUCUUUUGUUGGCAAUCUGACCACGUAUCCACAAAAGCUGCAAUUUAUGUGUGACGAAGGCUUUAAUCUGCGAGGAUCAAAUAUAAGACAGUGUCUGUCAACUGGGAAUUGGAGCGGGAACGAAAGUUUCUGUGAAGGUAAGAAGAAAUUUGUAGAGAACGUGAUUUUGAGCAGUAGCCCGUGAGAACUGAUAUAUAAUUUAUUGCUUUUGUAGCCGUUAACUGUGGUGGUCUAUCUUCUCCCAUGAACGGCUCGAUAUCUGGUAAUCUGAUGGUAUACCCGAAUAUUGUCACAUUCAGCUGUGACCCAGGAUAUAUUCUACGUGGUUCCUCUUUACGAAAGUGCCAGUCUAAUGGCACAUGGGAUGGAUAUGAGACGGUUUGCAAAGGUAUGAUGCCUAAAACGUACAGUGGGCAGACUCUUUGAAAUGUUAUAAGCUCUUUUGAGAAUAAUAUGCUUUCUUAAUUUUAGUUAAUUAUGAAAUUUAGGUGAGUCAUGAGGACCUUUAAAAUUCUUUGGCAAUGUCUUGCCGACUCUCCGGCCAUUAAAACUGUACUGUAACAAUUAUUAACCGACAGGCGGACGGUCGAGCAACGGGAUUUUGCGUUCGUGAUAAAAAUGAUUGUUUCCGCGCAUUCUUCAACCCAAUCGCCCCUUGGAAAUAUGCAGGAAAACGCGUUUUGAGGCUAGUCGAGCCAUUUUCUGGUCACUGUCUGGUUAGAGAGCAAAACGUAUCACAAAGUCGUUUACAGGCCAUACUGACUUAGCAGCCUUCUGGUCCAGGCCCCAGUUGUUCAAAAGGUGGAUAGAGCUAUCCGGUGGAUAAAUCUCUAGCCAGCGGAUAGUGCGGUUGGUUUCCCCACAGGUAGCCCAAGCUCGAAAUAUGAGCAUCGGCGAGCAUCGGCAUUGUUGCGUAACAUUCAAAAUAUAAGGAUUUGUAUGGGAAAAAAACCGUAUCGUUUCUGCAACCUACGAAAAUGAAAGGAUUUCAAUAAAAAACAGCUUACCUUACUUGAAAUGUGUGUCACGUCUCUCCUGUGUGGUGCCACGGGCCGAUUUAUGGCCGUUUUAUGGGUUUUUAUGUAAACGGUUUUCUCUCUAUAUAAAGGUUUAUUAGGAGCUCGGAACUUGUCCAGGGAGAGAUCCGAAAAACGUGUUGUGUUUUUGUUAGCCAUCGUGAUGAAUACGAACCUCGUGAGUCUACGGAAUCUGCAAAAUCCUGUGUAAUCUUAAAGAAAUUGGAGUGUUGUUACUUUGGAAACGAGCCUCAGACCUGGAAUAAAUGCAGUUCAGUUCAAAUUCGUCUGCACUUGUCAAACGUAGGUAAUUUUGGAAUUUUUUUUUCGCUAAAAGCCCAUCACUGCCUUGCAUACCACAUAGGAGCAGAUUGUUCUCAUUGAACAGUCCUCGAAAUUAUGGAAUUCUCUUCAUGAACCUGGUCAAUUCUAUACUUGUUGUGCAAAGGAAGCGCGUGCUUCGAUCGUCCUGAAUUUUGAAUGAGUGCAAUUUUUCUUGCAAAACUGUGAAAAACUGCUUUCUGUCCGAGGUCUGUAUGAGAAAAAAAAAAAAAAAAAAAAGCGCCACAGGGUACUGUGUACCUCAGAUGUGAUGUAUACAAAGUAUUAAAGGCUAGUUUACACGCCACCAGAUUUGUCGGCAAGAUUUGUAAACUAAUCUUGUUGAAUACAAAAAAUCCGGCCUGACGUUUUAUUUUGGCCUCCCUUUUAGACUGAGGAAUGCAACCUAGAAAUUACAACGUGUAAAUUGGCUGCCAUCAAGGACUAUCGUGUCUUACAACCGGCCUUCGUAGCAUAAAAUUACAUUUCGGGGCUGUCCAAUUAACCUUAUAAAAUAAAGGUGUUGUAGUUGGGCGCGACCGGGUUAUUUUGUUUGGGAAGAAUUUGUUUUCCAGGCCUAAUCUACUGUGAUCAAGAGCCAUUAUAGCUCUUGACUGUGAUAGAAGAUGAUUGCUAUUUUUUGAGUGUACAUUUAAGAAAUGGUAGCGUUCAAACAUCGAGUUAUGGAUGCACCCAGGAUGUUGCUAAGCACGAACGAAGCAUAACAGUUGCGAGAUGCGUAGCCGAGAGCAACUCUAGCUUGUUGAGUGCUAAGCAAACCUCCCAAGUGCAUCCAUAACUCGAUGGUUGCACAGCUGCAACGUUUAUCAUUUUUUUACAACAUAAUUAAAAGAGAAAACAUUUUCUUUUGCCUUCGGUCGAGUCAGUCAUCGGUAUCAUAAACAAGCUGAUGUGUUCUGUCAUCUGCCGGCGCGUAAACAAAUCAUGCCUUUCAAAAACUUCCCUUUGAAGUUUUUCUUUCGCUUAAUCAACCGUUCUACGUGUUAAGGUAAACUGUGAAACGUUUGUUUUUUGUUUUUCUUUAUGGCGCUGUCUACUUGCUCUAGAUGUUAGGGUAAAUACUGUGGAGGAAAACUAUAGCUGCAACUAUGAACACCAACUCAAAAACGGCGCUACUUUAACACAAUAAUCUUCAUUGUGUGACAAUUUUUGCAGUAAACUUAAAGUAGAAAUAAGAAAAUUUGACGGUAUUCUCUUUGGAAUAACAGGUAACACUAAUUUUUAAAAGAAAUUAAUUAGCUUGGCCUUCGUAUCGAAAUUUGUGGAGGGAAAUGGAGCUAAAAGUCAAACUGAAAUAGCAAAAAUUCGUCGACACAACCAGCAAUGAAGCGAUGCAUGAGCUAUGCUGUUGUCUCACGAUCGUGCUACUACUGUAGAAUGAAUGAACGCGGACACAAUAAUAAACAGAGAAGUUAUUUUUUGAAAAAUUUAUUUGAAAACCCAAAUGUUUCUGUCCUCAAAUGAAAUUCGCACUACAAUUCCAGCAUCAUGUGUCCGUACUCUCAGCUAAAAUUAGACCAAAGCUACACCACUUAACUUUUACUUUACUUUUACUUUAUUAAUCCGCAAAGGCGGUAACCAUCGCGCGGAUUAUAACAAUUACAUACUAGUAUAAAACUACAACAAAACAACAAAAAACGAAAAAAACGUUACAUUACAUGCUUAAAAAUUAAUUAUUUAACACAGAAGUAGAGCUAAAGCGAUUAAAAAAAUAUAAAGUCAAUAAAAACGGUCAAGCUCAGCUUUAAAUUUAGCAGUGUUUGGCUGGUCCAAUGUGGCGACAGGGAGAGUUUAUUGUUUGAUUUAAAUUAUAAAUUUAUUAACGGAAGCUUCGCUUUUAGCCCUGGCCAAAUCUAUAUAUCAGUUAAAGGAGAAUAAAGACCGAGAUGUAAGAAGUAGACUCUCGAUACAGCCGCUUUUAGAGAGCGAAUUACCCUUGAAACCCCCCCAGAAGUGAAAUUGGCUUACCACAUGGCAAAACUCAUCCUCGGAGACCCAGGCCAGAUAGUGGGGGCGAGGGAAAGUCUAAACGGGCGGAAAAAUAUGGCGCGAAUAAAAGUAAAGAACGGCGAGAAGAGCCCCUUGGAACAAUGUCUUACCAAACCAGUUCCAAGCGGUCGCCGCCGUUCUGCCUUUUGAUUGGCAAAAAAACACAAAAGUUUUCUGGCACCAAUCAGAAGCCAGAACGGCGGCGACCGUUUGGAACUGGUCUGGUAAGACAUUGUCCCCAGGGGCUCUUCGUGCCGUUCUUUACUUUUCUUCGCGCCAUAUUUUCCCGCCCGUUUAGACUUUCCCUCGCCCCCACUAUCUGCCCCUAGGUCUCCGAGGAUGGGCAAAACUCAGCACUAAACCCAUCUCAAAGCCAUAGUUGGCUAGACAAGUGGCCAAACGCGUGCGCCUAGCCUUAAUUUGAAAUGAACCGCGGGCGCAUCGAGACGCCCCACGGCUUGAGACCGAGCCUAGAUAAAAGACUGAUUAAAACAACACUUUUUAUCGAUUCUCAACCAAGCGAAGGCAGUCAAUAAAGGUUAGCCAUAGUGAAAUCAAAGUCUUUGCGGCUUUCCAUCCACAUUUUUUCAACAGCAAAAGAUUGCGGUGCUCUAACCACUCCAAGCAAUGGAUCUUUACUUGGUAGUAUGACUACGUAUCCACACAAGCUGAAAUUUAUGUGUGACGAAGGCUUUAUUCUGCGAGGAUCGAAAAUAAGACAGUGUCUGUCAACUGGGAAUUGGAGUGGAAACGAAAGUUUCUGUGAAGGUACGGUGAAAUCGCGAAUGUUACUGAUUGCACGCAACAACUCUUGAGAAGUGUGUUGAGAUAGUUUUAGUAAUUGUUAGAGCUAUUUUUUCUUUUCUAGCUGUAAACUGUGGUGGUCUAUCUUCUCCCAUGAACGGCUCUAUAUCUGGUAAUCUUACGGUAUACCCGAAUAUUGUCACAUUCAGCUGUGACCCAGGAUUUAUUCUACGCGGUUCCUCUGUACGAAAGUGCCAGUCUAAUGGAACAUGGGAUGGUUACGAGACGAAUUGCGAAGGUACAAUGUCUAAAACGUCCGGUGCACAGAUUCUUUUUAAUGUUUUAAGGCCACUUCUCCGAAAGCGUUUUCGUUUGUCCUAAAGGGUUUGAAUAUAAUGUACUUAUCGGUUGACGCUAUUCGGAAAGUUUACACAAGUCGCUUGGAAACAUUUUUUUGUCUAAUUCCUUAGACAAGCCUUCAUAACUGACCGUUCUUGCCCGAAUUCUUCUAUCUGUAACUUGAGGAUUCAUUGCAGUAAUUAAGACAGACACAUAGUCCGGCGAUAAAUGAAUUACAUACACUUAUAAUUUUUUACUUUUGGUGCAAAUGAUUGUUUAAAUCCUAAAUCAAAUUGUCGAAAAUGCAGACCAAUGAGUUGAACCAAUUUCCACUGAAUGAGGUGAAGGAGGGUUGUGAUAUAAUGAUGACUGAACUAGAAAAGAGCUCUUUACCUCAUUCUCUGAAAAACCUGCAGAGAUUUUAACUCCAUUAACUCUAAGGCCGAUAAAAUUACAUUUGUAUCAACUGAAUAAAAUACUGAAUAAAAACAACAAUUCUUUCUUGAUUUCUCCACCAUAGUGAAACGGUUAUUUGCAGUAUAUCUACUCUUCGUCUCGGGUAUGAUUCUAACUUGAUAUAAUCCGCUUUUUGUCAACAGCAAAAGAUUGCGGCGUUCUUAAAACUCCAAGCAAUGGAUCUUUAGUUGGCAAUCUGACUACAUAUCCGCACAAGCUGCAAUUUGUGUGUGAUGAAGGAUUCAUUCUGCGAGGAUCAAAAAUAAGACAAUGUCUUUCAACUAGGAAUUGGAGUGGAAACGAAAGUUUCUGUGAAGGUACAUAGAAGUUUGUCGUGAAUGUGGUUGAUUGCAAGCAACAGCUCUUGUAAAGUUUUUGAGUAACCGUUGCAAUUACUUUUUGUAGCUGUAAAUUGUGGCGGUGUAUAUUCUCCUGUGAACGGCUCGAUAUCUGGUAAUCUGACGGUAUACCCGAAUAUUGUCACAUUCAGCUGUGACCCAGGAUUUAUUCUACGUGGUUCCUCUGUGCGAAAGUGCCAGUCUAAUGGAACAUGGGAUGGUUAUAAGACGGUUUGCGAAGGUACAAUAUCCAGUAUACAGAUUUCGCGAAAUGGUAUAAGGCCUGUUUCCAUUUUUCUUAAGCUGUGGUGAAAAUAAACGUUCUUCCUUCAGUCAAUUGCAUCGGAGACCUUUCUUCAAACUCUUUGGCAGUACUUCGGGACGUUUGUAACAGUUUGCCCUGCCCAUUGAGAUUGCACUGAAAUAAUUAACCGACAGGCGGACGGUCGAUAAACGGCAUGUUGCAUUUCUAGUAGUGGUUAAACUCAUAAUAAAAAUGAUUGUUUCAACGUAUUUUUUAAUUCUCGGCAUAAAUCUAACAGAGUAAUGGCGCUUAUUUCCACUAAAUUAUUAUUUCAAUUCAGCAGUAUGGAAUUUCUUCAGUUUUUUCUCAGACUUUGUUUCGGUGGGAAAACAGCGUUGGCGUCGAAAAAUGUCGGUUGUUUUCACGGGCUAAUUGUUUUCAGAGUGUUAGACUACCGUGAACUUGAACAACGACUAGUUACAUAAGCUUGAGAGAGCAGCGGCUCGGUCUCCAGCACGGUUGUCUCCGGAUCAUUGGCCGAAAUCGAUAAUUAUAGACCACUAUCCAUUCUUCCAUCAAUUUCUAAAAUACUUGAGAGGCGAGAAAACUGUAUAGUUGAAUUUGCGCGGUAUAAAUAAAUGUUACUGUUAAUGAGAAAAUAGGCAAUUAAUGACUCGUCUGUAGCAGAAUGGCUUGCUCUCUCUCUGUUUCAUUAUGGCGUCGGUCGUCAUCGCUCUACAGAAUUAGCAGUUACUCACUCUACUGAUGCCAUGAGAAAACAACCUCAAACGGAAAUUUAACAGACUGUGUAUUAAUUCAUUUGUCCAAGGAUUUCGAUACUAUCAGUCACGCUGGGGUCCUAAAAAAAACUUCCAUUCUAUGAAAUCCAUGGAACAGAACUUUAAUGGUCAAGGGUUAAAGCCUAUUCUUAAAGGCCAUUCGCUUAACACUUACUUGUUCGUGAAUCCGUCCAAGCAAGUAAAAUGGAGGAUUUUUUUCUAUAUUUUUAAACUUAAAGUCAGCUAUGAAAUAUAAAAGCUUGUUUGAUUUGAGGAGAAUCGCGGGCUUGAGACCGAGCCAAGAUAAAGACUCCCGAUUUCUCAACCAAUCGAAGGCAAUCAAUAAAAACAAGCAAGCAUGAUCUUAAUUUGAUAUCAUCCGCAUUUUUUUAACAGCAAAAGAUUGCGGCCCUCUUAAAACUCCAAGCAAUGGAUCUUUAGUUGGCAAUCUGACUACAUAUCCUCACAAGCUGCAAUUUAUGUGUGAUGAAGGCUUUAAUCUGCGAGGGUCGAAAAUAAGACAGUGUCUGUCAACUGGGAAUUGGAGUGGAAACGAAAGUUUUUGUGAAGGUACGAAGAAAUAUGUGGAGAAUGUGACUGACUGUACGCAACAGCCCUUGAAAAUUGUUUCCAGAAAGUUUGAGUAAUUGUUGGAUUUAUUUUUAUUAUCGUAGCUGUAAACUGUGGUAGUCUAUCUUCUCCCAUGAACGGUUCUAUAUCUGGUAAUCUGACGGUAUUUCCGAAUAUUGUCACAUUCAGCUGUGACCCAGGAUUUAUUCUACGCGGUUCCUCUAUACGGAAAUGCCAGUCUAAUGGAACAUGGGAUGGUUAUGUGACGACUUGCGAAGGUGAAGUUCCCAAAAUGUUUCGAUUCUCAGAAUCUUUUAAAUGUUUUAAGACCACACAUGCGAAAGCGUUUUUGUCUAUCUCAAGCUGUAAUUAAAAUAUACUUUCUCAACUGACGUUGAUUAGGAUGUUUUCCCGAGACUAUGAGACGUAAAGCUUUUUUUGGUCAAACUGUUUGGAAAUACCGUCAUAAUUACUGUUUUUGCAUGGUUUUCUCUGUCUAUUGAAGUUGCACUGCAACAAUUUUUGAAGAGGCAGACAGGGUGGUGAUAAAUGGCACAUUGUUCUUCUGCUUUUGGUGAAACUUAUUGUUUUAAUCCGAGCUUAAAUUGUUCACACAAUGCAGACAAAUAACUACGCCUUGUCCACUAAAUGUGUCUGCCGCAGUUUAGGACAGGUAGUUUAUUUAGCGGAGCUUUCGCGAGCGUGAGGCACGCGCCUACGUAGCACCAUGAGUACGAAAAUUUGGUAAACUAUCCAUCCGAGAAAAGUGAGUUUUUUUUUUUACAGGUGAUCAUGUUUUGAGAUCAGAGCUGACCUUGGUUCAUUAGUCUCGUUCAGUUUUCCAGUGGUCUGUAGAUUCUGGCGAAUCGCAAAAUUAGGUUCAUUUAAUAACAUUAAAACAUUACCCACACCGAGUUUACUUUGCUUUUAUUCCCACGGUCAGCUAACCCAAACAUGUCCAGCUUUGGCUAUUGAAACGGUUACUAUUAAUUGACUUGUUAGGAGUAGGAGUAGAAGGCAAAGAAGAAUAAAGAAGAAAAAGACGAAAAUGUAAAGUAGACCCAGGGUAAUUUCUUGCCUAGUGAGAGAGUUGCUCGAAAUGAUGGUUGAAAGGACAGUUCAACCCAACUGAAAAAUAGAUCAUUUCUUUAUGAAAAUCCAUGAACUGUGGGGACGAUGAAAGUAUAAGCUAAAUGAAAUACUAAGAAAAGACAAUACUUUUUCUCGAUUUCUCUACCAAACAAAGAAAAUCUUGAUCAGAUUUUUUUAUAUACAUUGUGAUAAAAAUUAGCCAUAGAAAGUCACGCCUUCUCGACCUCAUGUCAUUUUCAAGUAAAAAUAGAAAUUAGCAUAAAUAUACCAGGAACAGUUUAAAAAUAGUUUAUUUUUUAAACGUUUGUCAUAUAUUUAUGCUAGUUUUUAAUUUUUACUCGCACUUUUUCAAUCCAUGUCCGUAGAGGCUCGAAAGUCUUCUCCAAUCAAUUCUUGAAUUCUUCUGUUAAUAGACCCCCAUAAUGGUACUUAAUUGAAAUAAGAAAACAUGUAACAAGAAAUAAGAAGAAAAAAGGUGAAAGAAAACGCAACUUUGAAAAGCUAAACAGGCUUUACAGGCUUUAUGUUAUGUUAUGUUUAAUGAAGAGACGGCUUAAUCAGACAGUCUUUUGCAGCAUAUAAACGUCUUGGGUAUGAUCCCAACUUAAUAUUAUCCGCUUUUUGCAAAAGCAAAAGAUUGCGGAACGCUUACAACUACAAGCAAUGGAUCUUUAAUUAGUUGGCAAUCUGACUACCUAUCCACACAAGGUGCAAUUUAUGUGUGAUGAAGGCUUUAUUCUGCGAGGAUCGAAAAUAAGACAGUGUCUGUCAACUGGCAAUUGGAGCGGAAACGAAAGUUUCUGUGAAGGUACGACGAAAUAUGUCGAGAAUGUGAUUGAUGAAUGAUGAUUGAUGUUAAGCAACACCGAUGAGAAGUGUUUUGAGAAAGUUUUAUUAAUUGUUGGAAUUAUUUUUCCUUUUCUAGCUGUUAACUGUGGUGGUCUACCUUCUCCCAUGAACGGCUCUAUAUCUGGUAAUCUGACGGUAUACCCGAAUAUUGUCACAUUCAGCUGUGACGCAGGAUUUAUUCUGCGUGGUUCCUCUGUACGAAAGUGCCAGUCUAAUGGGACGUGGCAUGGUUACGAGACGAAUUGUGAAGGUAAAAUGCCUAAGACUAUAAAACAGAUUGAAGAGAGAACAUUCUAGUCAAACAGUCUUUAAUUGUUCAUAAACGUCUUCAGUGGGUAUGAUCCAAAGCUGAUAUUUUCCACAUUUUUUUCAACAGCAAAAGAUUGCGGCCCUCUUAAAACUCCAAGUAAUGGAUCUUUUGUUAGCAAUCUGACUACAUAUCCGAACAAGGUGCAAUUUAUGUGUGACGAAGGCUUUAAUCUGAGAGGAUCGAAAAUAAGACAGUGUCUGUCAACUGGGAAUUGGAGUGGAAACAAAAGUUUCUGUGAAGGUACGAAGAAAUAGCCUUAAAUAUAGCGAGAAUGCGAUUGAUUGUAAGAAACAGCUCUUUAAAGUUGUUUUGACAUUGUUUUAGUUAUUGAUGCAAUUAUUUUUACCUUUCUAGCUGUUAACUGUGGUGGUCUAUCUUCUCCCAUGAACGGCUCUAUAUCUGGUAAUCUGACAGUAUACCCGAAUAUUGUCGCAUUCAGCUGUGACCCAGGAUUUAUUCUACGCGGUUCCUCUGUACGAACGUGCCAGUCUAAUGGAACAUGGGAUGGUUACGAGGCGACUUGCGAAGGUAAAAUGCUUAAACUAUGAAAAAGAAUAAAGAGAAAACAUUCUAGUCAAACAGUUUUUGGUAGUAUAUAAACGUCUUGGCUAUGAUCCAAAGUUGAUUUGUCCACAUUUUUUUGCAACAGCAAAAGAUUGCGGCCCUCUUAAAACUCUAAGGAAUGGAUCUUUUGUUGGUAAUCUGACUACCUAUCCACACAAGGUGCAAUUUAUGUGUGACGAGGGCUUUACUCUGCGAGGAUCGAAAAUAAGAGAGUGUCUGUCAGCUGGGAAUUGGAGUGGAAACGAAAGUUUCUGUAAAGGUACGAAGAUAUAUUCUCAAAUACAGCGAGAAUGUGAUUGAUUGUAAGAAACAGCUCUUUGUUUUGAUGUUGUUUUAGCAAUUGUUGCAAUUAUUAUUACUUUUGUAGCUGUCAACUGUGGUGGUCUGUCUUCCCCCAUGAACGGCUCUAUAUCUGGUAAUCUGACAGUAUACCCGAAUAUUGUCACAUUCAGCUGUGAUCCAGGAUUUAUUCUACGCGGCUCCUCUAUACGAAAGUGCAAGUCUAAUGGGACAUGGGAUGGUUAUAAGACGGUUUGCAGAGGUACAAUUUGUAAAAAAUCUAGUGGGCACUCUCCAAGUCGAUUGGGUGGCCUACUUUUGACCUUGUCUAUAUUAACUUAACAGCUGUUUGCGAGGAAACAGUAACCUGUAAAAGUUUACCGUGUUUUAAUAAAUACAUUUAUUUUUAUUUGUUAUUUCAGUAUUUGUAUAGGUAAUAGCAUGAUUUGUAGUGAUAUUUAGCAUAAAUACCACGAGUGAUAUUUCAAAAUUGUUAUACGUAAUUUCACGAGCCGUUAGGCGAGUGAAAUUUGAGACAAUUUUGAAAUAUCACGAGUGGUAUUUAUGCCAAAUGUCACCUACAAAUCAUGCUAUUAAUUGUUUAUACUACUACCCGCAAGGUUUGUAAUUUUCACAUGUAGGUAUUUCAAAUUAAGCUGAAAUACCACUGCUCUAAGCCAAUCAAAUUGCAGAAAUUUCUCAUGUAGUAGUAUAAUGUGUGAAAUUGCUUUUUGUUCUAUUUGAAAUGUAUUCAGGGAUGUUAUUAGCCAGACUUUUCAAAGAAAUAAGAUGUUAAUAGUGCAUCACAAUAAAAUUCUGAAAAGGUUUGAGCUAUUCUUGUACACCUUUUAAGGGUAAUUUGUCGCAUUUUUUAGUGAAAAGAAUUUAUUUUCAUUUGAGUUUAAUGUUGAUGUUCUUUGUCGUCUUUGGGAAUGCCUAAUUUUUUACCAUAACAUCAGUUUGGUCUUUUCUGGAAGUAAACGUUUUUUUAUGUGUUAACGCCAGGCGGACGGUCGAUCAGCGGCUGAAUUUAUUUCCUCUUCUUGCACAAAAGAGAUUUGAAUCAUAGAAUUUUGUAAAAUCAGUGUCCACCUUAGUAGAUAAAGUAGUGACACCCAGCGCCAAUAUCUGGUUUUGAUGUUUCUGCAACCACAGGUUGCGGACGAGUAGCGCAGUUAUGCAACAGUGGAUUAGUGCGUUGAUUUGAAUGUAGAGUUGUGUAUCUCAAAAAUGUGAUGGUUUCGAUAACAUUUAACUUGAUAAAACCGAUCGCUGAAAAUAUCAGGCAAAUGUGACAUGGUGAGGAGUGGAUGGUGUUUCUUCGCUGUUAUCCUUUAAACAGAAUUUAAAGAAAUCAAACAAUAAACGAGAACUAAAAAUAAUGUGAGCUCAUGCAUUUCUUGUCUUUCUUAUAAUUCUAACAGAUUUUCUCUCGUAUCAUUAUUUUUUUUUCAACAGCGAAAGAUUGUAGUGCACUUAACGCUCCAAGCAAUGGAUCUUUAGUUGGCAAUCUGACUACAUAUCCACACAAGGUGCAAUUUAUGUGUGACGAAGGCUUUACUUUGCGAGGAUCAGAAAUAAGACAGUGUCUGUCAAAUGGGACUUGGAGUGGAAACGAUACUUUAUGUGAUGGUAAGUAGAUAGUUGUGAGACAAGUGUUUGAUAAUCUAACAAAGAGCUCUUGACCAAUUUUGAGAGGUGUUUUGAAAAAAGUUUUGGUAAUUGCUGGAAUUAUUAUUACUUUUUUAGCUGUAAACUGUGGCGGUCUAUCCUCUCCCAUAAACGGCUCUAUAUCUGGUAAUCUGACGGUAUACCCGAAUAUUGUCACAUUCAGUUGUGAUCCAGGAUUUAUUCUUCGUGGUUCCUCUGUACGAAAGUGUCAGUCGAAUGGAACAUGGGAUGGCUAUGAGACAUAACAUAACAUAACAUAAAACU